UAAAAUACAAGUUGAAAAAAAUCACGCAUAUUUUUUCCCUAUUAUCUUAAGAGUCAGUAAGUUUUUCAUUCCCUUUUCAGUAAUUAACAAGAAAUUUAAGACUGCUUAUCCAGGGUAUUUACUGCGUGUCUUUAAUUUACAAGUAAACUCUUGGCGAAACUUGAUUUACUUGUUUUAUUGGUUUCGUCUGUUAACUUGACACUGUCAGCAGGCACCUCGACAUUUUAAUAUGUGCAACGGAAUUGCUAACACUACUUUAAAAUUGGCAGCUUUUAUAUUCCUCCUGUUUCUGGCUAUUUCCACAUCGCACCGGUAUGAAAAAGCUCCCCAUUUCAGGAUGGGAUGCGAUAUUUCUGGGAUACAUUUGCUGAUCAAAUUUGAAACUACUUUCACUGGAGCGAUAUACGCAAAAGAUUACUUUUCAGCAAAAAUGUGCAGGUACAACAGAAUCGCCAACUCUGCUUUGAAUUUGACAGUUUUCAUUCUUUUCUUCUUGCUGCCUCUUUCUUCAUUUGGCAAGCCUAACACUCCAAGUAUUAAAAUGGCAUGUGAUAUUUCUGGUGUACACCUACUGUUCAGUUUUAAAAGUGAUUUCACCGGUAUGUUAUAUGCAAAAGAUUACCAUUCGAGUAAAAUGUGCAGUGUACGAAUUUUCGAAAAAUCGCCAGUAAGGACAGUGUCGCUAGACUUGCCCAUAUCAGAGUGCGGUUCACAAAUAUUUGGAGAGUCUGGGACUUACAAUAUAGCUAACACUAUCGUAGUUGAUGACGUCAACUCUUCUUACGUUCUGGAAAGGAGAAUUCUUUGUCAACUCAGUAAUCUAACUGAAAGUUAUUUGUCUGCACCAAAGCAGGGUAGAAACAAGAAUAUUACGUUACGAUUCACUCUCAUAUUAUCGAUGGAGCUAGACGUUGACCUGUUACCACAAAAUUCUAAUGAUGAUUUAGCAUUGAUGGUUUACUUUGAUGACAAAGAGGAAGAUAAAGAUAUGAUGGUCAAGAAUUGCUUUAUCCAUAAUGAAGACGCUACGUAUAGAUUGUCUGAUGCAAAUAACUGCCCUCAUUCUGAUGAUAUUUUCUAUUUCAGGAAUCUUCCCCAUUCUAGGAAGAGUCACUUCGUGGUUGUCUCAGCAAUAAAGCCUUUCGUUUUACCACUAAAACUAAGAAGGAACCUAACUUGCGGUGUACUUGUAUGUAACGGUAUUUGCCCAAAUAUCUGCAACAACGCUACCGAAGAAAAUAAGGAUAUUUCAAAAUAUAGUGAUAAAAAUAUAAGGUCACUGGAUGAAUCUCAAAUCAACGUUUCGGACACGGAUUCCUUCGGCUUAACUGACAUGGUUAUAAUUCCAACCGCGCAAGAACCUUCGUUUCCUUUAUCACUUACAUCUCCGCGAAUAAAAAAGAGAGAUGAUCAGUAUUAUGAUUCAUCUGGAAAGUUUGAAAUUUUCUCAUGCAACUUAACUGCAAGACUCUCGCCCUCACUAAAAUCCCUUAAAUCGAUAUUUUACAAAAUUAAGAAAACACCGCUUAUUUCAAUAACCAACUCUUCCUCCAAGACCAACUGUUCCUCUGACUCUUUUCCCGUAAAAAUAUUUGCUGCUAUAAAUAUCGUACUUAUCAUUUUUGUAAUUGUUCUAUGUGCUUUUGUAUUAACGUCUAUCCAACGGAGAAAGGGGAAGUAUUAUUAUAGAGAGAAUAUUCCGUUGAUCCGUUUUGAUCCUGAAGAUCAUUUCGAUUGACUCUAAAAAAUAUUAUUCAUCUUCACUAUUUCAAAGAAAUACUUGUGUAAAACUAAUUUUUCAUGUAAAACAUUUUAGUGUUUAUCGACACAAAUCCUUUGGGAAUGCAUUUGUUUUAAUUUCUUUUUUGAAAUAAACUUUUUUUGGAUUGAA